ACAUAUUUUAAUUACAUUAAAGUAUGCUUUACCUCUAUUAUUAAAUUACUUUUGUGGAGUUCUAGUUUCGGUUUUGCUACUGACGCCAUCUUUCAGCUACAAGGAGAACCGAACAAGACGCCAUUUGGGAAAGGGAUCAAGUCGGUCGAGGGACCAGAGAAGAAACUUUACUCGGACAUGGAGUGGCUACGUUUGCCGAUCCUGCUACAAAGUCUCCUACAUCCUCAAAUGAGUGUCGUCGUGUGAUCCCUGUCGAAGUUUUUCAUACAACCUCUCGUGCUAGCUAUGAUGGGACGUCUCUCCGCGCGGACUGUUUACGGAACGGAGUUGAUUAACCGGACCGUCUCCUCGGAAACUUGCCAACCUCGGGACUAGACCUCGGAAAACAGCAAGCGGCCGUGAUGAUGGAUGGCCUGCCCCUACCAGGAGGAUGUGUGGACAGGCGAGGCAGUCCUGUGGAGCACGGUGACCGGUACACGCCCGAGGGCAAGGACCCCUGUGAGCAGUGCACCUGCCAGCGUGGACGGCCAGACUCCUGCUCCAUCACUUCCUGCUACCCACCAGCCCACUGCCACCAGCCAUACCUUAGGGGUUCGGGCGAGUGCUGCGACUAUGCCUGCAACGGCACCACGCUUGGUUCACCCGAUGGAGCAGAUGUGCAGAGUGCCACUACUCUGGGCCUUCGGAUGGUGGCCAGCACAGUGGCAUCAUUUCUCAUUGUGGCUCUGCUGCUGUUCAUGAUCCACCGACUCCGCAAGAGGCGCCUGCUGGUCAUGUUACGAAGGCUGAAUGGGUGCCGGGCAGCGGCCAGCCUGGAAGAGGCCUGCUUGGCGCGGCAGCUGGCACUUGAAGAACAAGGCGUGGGCUUCCUGGGUGGCUUCUGCCCUGACCCCCCUCCGCCGUACACCUUCUGGAAACCCCCAGAGGCUUACGUGCCCCCUGGAGAGGCCCCACCUCCUUACGAUGCUCCUCCUGCAUUACUUGACCGGCAGCUGCAACAGCAGGAAGUCACACCCAUCUCUACCGAGCCAUUGCCACGUGUUGCAUCGGCCACGCCUCCAUUGCUGUGUGGAGGCUCAUCAACCAGCAGUGAGGCAGGGGAGCUGCCUCAACAGCAACGAGCAAUUCGCUCAGAUGCUUACUAUGAAGAUGGGUUACGACACGUGACGGUUGUGCUCGUUGGGGACCAAGCAGCACGUAGGCGCCUGUCGCACUGCGAGCCUUCCGUUCGACACUUGGUUCAAGACGGUGACAAGCGGCUAAGCUUGCAGGGCCCUCCUUCGAAUCAAAACAACAAUGUGUACCCUGACCCAACUUCCUGGGGUGGAGAAGGUGAAGAAGGCGGAAGUGAGACGAGUUCAAGCUGCACUGCGAGCGUUGACGACCGUCAAGGUGCAUUCAGUCCCACCAGCAGUGAGUCCAGCGCUUCCGCAGAUGCCCCGGAAGUCGGCCAAGUUCCACAGCCAGCAGCCACUGCUGCCACAGACCCACCCAGGGCGAGGCACCCCUUAGACAGGACGCUGCAAAGGCUCAAGCGCUUUUCUAUGCCAAAACGCAAGGUUUCCAAGAAGUCCCCCACAGCUGGAGCAUCGUCGUUUGCCGAAGGCAUCGCAACGUCCUGCUGUCUCGGCCACAGCUCAGGCAUGGAGUCAGACAAGAACCGAACUAGGGAAGCCAAGGCUGUGAGCGCUUCCCCACAGGGUACCCAGCAGCUGCCCGAAAAUGGUGGUGGACUCGAACGACUGCCUGCUCCUCCACUAGAGGCUCAGCACUCUUCUGCUGCCCGCCAGGAGAGUGCAGAAGACAAGGCCACAAGAAAGAAAACGGGCAAGAGAAAGCUGUUCUCACUCCCCUCAUGGGACAGCUCAGUCUUGCGGAGAGUGCCGGAAGGCUGCAGCGAAGUGCGCAAUCUAUCAGGAGCCCACAUUGCAUCAGAAGCAGCUGCGCCCACUGCAGGGAUGGUGAGGGACGUGGUGCGGCCCUGCUCCCUAGACCUUCCGACGGCCACGUCGACGCCCAAGACUCUUACCUCUGCCUGCCCUGUGGUCAUCACGGUCAAGUGCAGGCCUGUGAGGACAGAACAGCCCAGUAGUGAUGUGUCGGACCACCAGGCGGAGUCGCCUCGUUCUUCUUCGUCAGCGUCUGCCUCCUCAAAGACGAACAAACAGCGGACGACGGAGAUCGCCGGGGCUGAACCGAAGCCAAACGGCUCUGUGACUGUGCAGCCGUAUGGGGAGGCAGUGCAUACCAUUCCACGACAGAGUGUUGCGAGGCAGGUGGCUCGGCUGGAGGCGCAGGGUUUCCGGCCACCUGAUGCUUCGUGCACCUUGCAGAAGCACUGCCGCAGUGCGUCACACGACAGUCGAUGCCAGGAACGGCUACACUGCAAAGCACGUGGAGGACAAUCGACCUCGCAACCAGCUGCUCCAUUUUGAGUGCCUGUGAGUGCGUGGGCUCCCAUUCACCUCCGACAUUGAAGGACUCAUCAGUGAUGGUGUUCCUUCCUUGUGUGAAAUGAACUGAUAGCUUUUUAGUGUAGUUUAUGUCAUAGGAGCAGUGAGUAGGCGUAAGCAAUUCUACAUACCCAAGAUUUGUGCGAGUCAUGCAUGAGGCACUUGAAGCGAAUGCUCAAGCACAUUAUUUGUACCGGUGUGAUGCUUUGGCUAGUAAUCAAGAAAGUUCGAGCUUAAAUGAUCACACAAAAGGUCAUUUUGUGUGCAUGGAGGAUAUCAAGGUGCUAAACUGCUAGUUUUAAACAUCAGGGGCACUGAGGGGCUCAAUAUUUAGUAGAUACUACAUGAAGCGAAGAACAGUAUGAGAGAAAUGGAACAGUUAAAAAAAAUUGAGCUGUGAAAUUAGUAACUAAUAAUUAAACUUGCCAUAAGCCUAAUUAUGAACAGAAACUUGUCUUUCAUUUUUCUUCCUCGCUUCCAUUAUUAAACAUUUUAUGUAUAGCCCAAAUUUAAGUGUUGUUUACCUACUUUGUCACAGUUUAGAAACUUUCCCCAUUGCUUUCCUUGGAUUCAUUGUCUGUUGGCUUCAUACAGUUUUAAACUUGUUUCAUUUUUUGCGUUAUCUGUGUUGCUGACUAAAUUUAAGAAGCUAAUCUAAAAGCAGCAGGACUAUUGCUAGGUAAUCGGGAAAUAUAACUUUAUCUUCCUGUGCUUGAACCUUUAUUGUUUCAUAACAUGAUAAGUGAUACAAACAUAUUUUUUUGAUGACUAUAUGCCACAUUACAUACAAGUGUUCAAGAAAUGGGACCAGAGUGUUCAUUGCCUAUUCGCAUUUUAAUAUUUUGGCAGGAAUUUUUUAUUUAAUUGCGUUACACAAAACGUGCAUCGGCCAGUUCAGCCACUUUAUCAAAUUCAAGUAUAAAUGAUCAUCAUUGGUUAGCAUUUUUUUUGCAACGCGAUAUGGGCCGGGAUAAUGUAAAACUAUACCAGCAUGUUUUUAUUCCAGAUCCACCAUUAGUCCCCGGUGAGAGGUCAAAAUGGCCUGGGCUUCGCACAAAUGGGUACAGUGCUCGCCCAUAUGGGCGGAGCCCGGGCUAUUUCGACCCAUCACGGAGGGUGGAUUUGGGACAAAGACAGGUUGGAAUAGUUUUGCUUUAUUCCGGCCCUGAAAACAACCUAUUUCUGGGGUGUUAACAUUCCCAACGUCUCAUUGUGAAUCUCAUUUUCUUUUCGUCAACACUGGUCAGCUUUUGGAGGCGACAAGAAUGCCUCCGUUCAGCAAAGUGUGAAGCAGAAAGGUGCAUCUAUGUAGGGUGACAGUGCUAGUUAGUGUGUGUGUGUGCUUUCUGUGAGAUGGUGUUCCUUGACGGUUAAUUUCCCACUCCAUAUUUAUUAAGCUACAAUUGUAUGCUCAACAUGCCAUAGCUUCCCUUUUAGCGAGCGCUGAAAUGCAUAUGUGCUCUUUCGAGGAGAGCAAAUGUAUGAGGAUAUCAAACGUAUGGUGGUAUUGCACAUCCUCAGGCAACUUGUACCUGCAAACAAGCUCCACUCCGCUAAUUUGCUUUUACAAGAACUUCUUUGUUUGUGAAAAAAAAAAAACUAUGCAUGCAAAACAAACUUUUCACAUUUCUAUGAAUUGCUCAAGCCAAGUAAUGUUUUAUGGUUCACUUGCAUAAUGCAGGCAUGCGAAGUUGAAAAAUAAUAAAAUUGUAUAACUCUUGUCUGAAAUUCACCAGUGUGGAAAAACGAAAACUGCUUUUAUGUAAGUGCAAUAAUGGGAAUGCUUGAAAUGAUGAAAUCCUUUUUUUAGCAUUCGUAAAUAGUUGCAUCCAACAAUAUCCACUGAGGAUCUGAAUGCUUCUUGACAAAAUAAAGCCAUCAAAGUAAAAAAAAAAAAUUCCCUUCGACUCUUGCAGAGUGUGAUCAAAACUGCCAAAACUGCUAAACAUUGCUGUAAACUGUUGGACUGCUUUAAUUCACUGUUGUCAACAAUUUCAGUCAGUUUGAUGUUAUUUCAAAUCAAAAUUGAAUGCCAGUGUUUAAUUUAAAAGCACAUAGAUCUAAAGUGUCUGAAGUAUGGCUGCUGCUCUCUGUGAACGGUGACCAAGUUGGUUUUAGUUGCUAUUUUGAUAUUUUUGGGGAAUUGCCAGACAUCGGGAAAUCUUAUUAUGAAGGGCGAAACUAAAAUGCAUAAGAAGCAACAGUAAUACCAAUAACAUCUUGGGUACUUUCUCUUGGAUCAUCUGCACCAAUUUGUUGUUGACUAAAGCUGGUUGGGUACUGCAUUUCUAAGCAUGAAAAAACUGCAUCUGUUGUCAAAGUUUUCUGAUCUAUUUGCUUAUCACUGCUAUCACUCCAAGUGCUUCCCCUGUGACUGUAAGGAUUCUUGAUAAACGCUGAUCGAUUAGCAUUCCUUUGAUUUUAGAAAGCGUGGAUUGAAUCCAUUUGUAAGGUAUGUUGUACUAUUAUGUUGCCUCCAACCAACAUAUUGUCUUUUUAUGGCAUUUCUGGCUUACUAUUGAAUACACAGAAACUUCCAGAAGGUCUGCACUUCUUAUCACUGUGCCACUGCAGUGAUAUUUGCGAACAGAUCUUUCCUUCUGCGUACAAGUCAUAGUGCCAUAAAAAAAUGAAGCCUCAUUUGUAACAACAUUGAGAAAUAACUUGAUGUUGACCCAUGCUAAUGUGUUCAAACAUAAGCGCAUGCAAGCUGUCAAACCAUGGCCUCUCUGGCAAUUUUUAUUUGCACAGUGUGACCUGCAUGAUUUCGGAAGCCAUAUGUCUGGCUAGCUACCUUGCUUCAUAACAAUGUUAAAGCACAAGUGUUGUGAACUCAUUCCCAUGCUUCGAAAAUGGAAGUGGUGGCAAGCGUGAAGAGUGAAGUUGAAUUACACUGGUUGAGCCGAACUGCAUUUUGUUCCUCUGUCGUGAAGAGCCUGCCCUUCGUUGGUUAGUCCGGAUUGGGGUCCCAUUUUCCAGUUCUGUAUCAACUUGCACCACAGUAGAUAGCUUCAUCGCUCUAUUUUCGAGUAGAUCCAACCAGAAGUAUGAUAGUGCCAUUUCUGGUUGCUGCAUGUAAUGGCUAUUAUCAAUUGUGGAGCAGUGUGAUUUUUUCUGCUUGAUUUGAGAGGGAGAAAAAAAAUUUGAGAGGGAGAGUAAACGGGCUGAGCCAGCAUGCUGUAAGCUGUUCCUUGGCCCUGGUGCAGAGAGAAAAGGGGCAAGAAAAAAAUAUAUGGAUAACACAUUUGAGUAUGCAGGUUUCACAGGCCUUUUUUAAUCAACUCGCUCCCACAACAGAUCACUACUCUUUGCCUUUGAGGCAUGGAUUCAACAAGAACUUCUAUGGCACAUCAUACCACUCAUGGAAGCUGCGUGUGGUGACUUGCGCUCGGACCUAUUGUGGGAAAUCAUUUCUUGCAAAAUCAAGGCAUCAUUCGAGGAUUUAUGUAGCCACUAAAGCAUGACAAGUCGAAUUCAGCGUAAGUGAAGUUCAGCUGUGUGCUGCUCGAGUUCAUAUGACACUGUUUGGCCUGCUGUGCUGGUUUCUGCUCAAAAGACAGCACAAGGAUGAACAACUGUGCGGUGUUCAUAUCUAAGUGUCAUUGAUGUGACCAAGAGGCAAUUAGGAGAUUUGUCUGCAACAUGCACAGCCACUUGUGGUUCUGGUUGGAUCUCAAUGGGGGCAUGACCACGAGGGAUGUGCCACGUCUAAAGGUUCUGCUGAAACAAACCAGUGUUAUACUUUCAGGCCUGUACGUGGCGAUGGUGCAGCUCAACUUCUAACUGUGCAGUUUUACUACCUAAAACAGUGUGUCUUUUGGAUAUAGACACUGAAAGGUUACUGUUCUCACAAAUGUUUUUCAUGCACAGUGUCACUCAUGCAUGGAACUUGGUACAGUGCGUCUAGUAGACAGCUGCUGUGAAGUUACCCUUUUACUUUUCUCUAAAACUUCAAAAUCAUUUCAAAUUUGAUUGCAUUAAGAAUUGUAAAAUGUAACAUCCCAAAACUGCAUAGUUUGUUAUGAGGGUUUGCCAUAAUGGAGGGUUCUGGAAGGAAAGUAAGAAAAGUGGAUUGCGUGUUGCCAACUACGUCACUGCCGACUUUUUACACCUACAGCCAAGUGGAACAUGGUUGGUCACUGUAAUAACAGCUAUGUCCUCUCAGGUUAAACUCUGUGGGACAAGGUGGUGCUACCAGCAUGACGAACAGGUGUGCAUGAUGCUGACAUCUUUGCUUGGAGUGAAAUGUGAACAGCGUUACAUCUUCAAUGUCACUUUUUGAGUUAUUGAUCCAGUCAGAGUUCUGUUUCUUGAAACAGCAGAUUGACAAAAUGAGUCAUGCUGUUUAUUUGCACUUGCAGCACUUGGAAACAACAUUCCAUUGUGUGCACUCUGUGAAAUAAAUGGACAGCAUAGUACUGGCACCCGAGUAAGCCUUUUACAUAAUAUUAAUUACCUAUAUGUGCUGUUUGAAUGAGUAAUGGUAGCUGCCCUGUGCACAUGUGACUUUAGCAGUAUGUACAUUAAAAAAUACUGUGUACUUCAUUAAAAGGAAAAGCACUUUGCCUAUUGGACAGUAGUACGUGGCUUGGACUAUACCCUUGGCUUACAUGGUGCAGGUGUUAGCCGAGAAAUGUAGAUGUGUUAUACAAAAAACGCAUAACCUCCACAUUUGUGGAAACUAAGAUAUUGAUUUAACAACCCUGUAGAAGAGGAACCACAGUUUUCGAAAAUAGAUGGUUGAAGGUAUGCUAUGAAAAAGAUGAUACUAUGAACGUGAUUGGUGUCCUUGUGACUUAUUUCCAGUAGUCCUGUAGGCAGGCAUUAUGCCCCUUUUGGUGUCACGUGCCAGACUGCUCUUUGCUUUUCCUUUCCUCUCUUCCAAGUGUGUAUGUCUCCAAACCAAAAAAUAAUAAUUAGGAGUGGGAACCAGACUCAUAAUUGCAAAAAGUGCACUGCUGUAGGAACCUUUCAUGUGAGGGCAGCAUUAAUUUAGUAAGUUAACCAAAAUCAUUUUCAGUUGCAUAUGUGCCAAGAACAUUUGAGUGCUCCCAGCAUUUUUAGCCUACUUCGCCGACAUAGGCAUGCUGCGGCCGUCUGCUAUCUAGCCCCUGAACCAUCGCUAUCGCUUGUGAAAAAAGAGAAUUUUACAUGUCCGUCUGAUAAAAAUGGGAAUGCGUGCUCUUCUAGGUGCCAAUGAAAAUUGCCCUUCCGCCUGAGAAAGACUCCUAUGCGUUUGCACCGUAGUUCAUUCAAAGUCGGAUAUGCUGGACCCCAAUUCUACGAUGCCAGGAGGACGAAACUGGCCGCUGUUGGGAGGCCACAUUUAGGGAAGUUUUCUUUGCGACUGCUGAAGGUGUAGACACUGUCGUUUGAGGUGGUGCUGUGGUUCGGGGGUGUACUAAUAUAUUAGCAUUCUUAGCCUAUUUCCUCCACUACAGAUUGCAUAUAAAGGUGUCUUCGGCAAUAGGGUUUGUCACUACAUUGCUUGAAUCAUAAUCCCAUAUAACACCGACGGACAUCGUGAGAUCGGUCCCUAUAUAGUUGCGAUUACAGAAUAGGAAGAACAGCAGCCAGGCGUGAUUGCAGCUGUGCAAUUAGAUGGACACUACAGGAGGCAAAGAGAUGCUCUGAACUCGUACUGUGCAUUCAAGGUUGGUCUGGCCUUUUCUGUACUUGUGCGCUGUGGGUUGAUACAAAAGCGAGAGUAAUGCGAUCACAGGUGCACCUUUAUCUCGGAACUGAAAUUGUGCAUGAUAAGUUCCCAUAUGAUGGCUGUAGACACUUGUGAAUUAUGUGUUGCAUAGAACAAGAUAAUUUCUGUGGCUUCUGUCCCAGGUGUCGUAUUCUGAUCCUUGUGUAUUGGUGCAAUGAUGUAAUAAUCAUCUGUGCCUGGGCACUGAAGAGUUGAUACUCGUCACAAUUUUUACAGAGCAAAUAUUCCAUGAAUAUCUUUACCAUUAUGAUUGUACUGUUGGCUAAUAUUGGGUAAUUUUUUGGCAUUAUAGCAAAGCCAGCAUUUGUGAGGAUGAUUAUGCUGAGUCAUGUGCUGUACAUGAUGUGCCUUGUUUUAACUGUGUGUUUGUUUUGUUUUAUCUUAUGUGAUGUGCUGGCAGCUGAAACUGGCAAUUUACAAGCAUUAUUGUAAACAAAAAAACAUGGUAUUCAGGGAAAUUGAGAGGUUUCCACAUGUAUAACUUGUCUUUUAGAAGUAUUUUUUUUUACAGCAAUUCUGUGCAUUGGGCUUUACGACUUUUUUUUUGCUAGACAUUGCCAUCACUUUUGUUAACACAGACAAGAUGUGCAUGUCAUGACCAUAUUGCGCACAAGUUCAUGAUUUGUAAGUCUCGGGGUUACAGACACUUUAACAUGAAAAGUUGGAUAGAACCCGCUACAGUAGCUUAGUGGCUACGGUGUUGCACUGCUGAGCUCGAGGGUGCGGGUUUUAUCCUUGCCGUGGUGGCCACAUUUUGAAUGCAAUAGCACUUGUGUACUGUGCAUAAGGUGCACGUUAAGAACGCCAGGUGAUCAAAAUUAAUUUGGAGUCCCCCAUUAUGGUGUGCUUCGUAAUCAUGUUAUUGUUUUGGCAAGUAGAGCCCAAGAAUAUAAUUUUCUUUUUGUUUUAAGUUGGAUCAUAUGACACAGUCUCGCGCUUAUACACAAAAAGAGACGAAUGUGUUUAGUGGAUUUCCACAACUGUUUUCGAGCGGCAAUGGUGAAGUGCACUGGCAUGCUUUCAAUAAAAUUUUAAUCAAAGAGCCACCAUUGCAGCCUGCAUCAGAGCCCCGAACUUGCUUUGAAUGUAACUGUUGAGAGUUAUAGAUGUUACCUUACAUAUACCUCACUUCAGUAGACAACUUAUUUGUGUUUACUAUGGCCAGUCAUCUGCAAUUUUUGUUUCUCAGUUUGCAUUAAUCUGUACACUUUGGAGGCCAGCUAGGAGGGGCCUAAAUCUUCAAAUAUAUUUUGCAGGUGUCGCGUCAACGCCUUUUUACCGGUUUAGGUUGCAUGCAUCUGCAGAAAAACAUCAGACUUCCACAGCAAGGGGCACUACUCGUGAUAAAUUGAUGGAUAAAUUUCAACAAAUUUUUAUCGUGCUCAGCUUUCUGGUAAAGGCUAUUUGUGUGCUCCAAACUUUCACGUCAAACUUGGGCUGUACAGAGAGCCCACGAUGCGGUGGUUAGGCUCGGCCUACCAGUUCCCUUUGUGGGAGCUGCCCGCAGCUCUGCCCUAGGGCAAAGCUUCUCAGGACCUUGUAAUUAAAGUUCUUUGUCUGUC